AUGUCAAAGCUAUUAAAGAAGGCAAGAAACAAAUUCUCAUCAUCUUCAACAUCAGUGGAUAAAAUCGAUCCAGAAUCAUCUUCAACUCCAGGUUCUUCAAGGUCAAGUAUAAGGUCUGGUUUAAAGAAAUCCUUAUCACUAAAGAGAAAAGACAAGAAUAAAAUUACUUCAUUAGAGAAUUCCAGUAAAGCAUCACUUCUGUCCCCCAGUAAUGUAUCAUUAGAUAUCCCGACUACUGAACCAGUAGUUCAGAAUGAACAAAUUCCAUCAGAGCCAAUACCAGAUAAGCAUGAAGACGUUACUUCUGAGGAUACUAUUACUCCAGCCGCACCUCCACAAGAUGAUGAUGAUGAUAAUAAUAAACCUGUUGUGGAAACCCAUCAUAGUGACAUUAAAGACAUUAUAUCUCCAGAAAGUCAUGAAUCCACUCCGUUACCUGUAGGUGGAUUCAAAGAGGCCAUACCAGAACCAAUCGUUGAUACCCCAGAAAUUAGUCCUGUCAUUGUUAAUCCUCCUGUCAAUAAGCAAAAUCAAGAAGAGAAUCUUUUGGAAGAUCUUGGAUUCGUAGCUGAUGAGUUAGAACCUUUACUUCAAAGAAGUCUGCAUUUAGACAAUGGUUCUAUAACAUCUGCUUCAGUAUUAUUGAAUCCAGAAACAGGAUUUUCAGUUAUUUUAUUAUUAAAGAAAUUAUUCGUGUAUCUUGACGUCAGAGAUCCUAAGUUGGUUCAUUAUAUCUUACUAUUACUUGUGAUAUUGUUUGGUAUAUUCUAUUUAACGUAUCGACAGCUUGAUACCUUAGUUGCUCAAUCGGUUGAACUUAAUUUACAAAGUAUUACUAUAGAUUCAGUAAGUGAUAAUGGAUUGAAUUCUCACGUUGUGGGAUCUAUUUACAUCAAUUAUGAUAAACUACCUAAUAUCUUUUAUAAGAAUUUAUUAAAAUUUGGUUCAUUAUUAGUUGGUUCAGUUACUAUUUUACCAUCAGAUUCUAUUCAUUUAUAUGUCAAUCCGAUUGAUAUAAAUGUGGCUCCUUUACAUCUUGUGGAUGUUUCUCCACCUGAAUUAAGUGUUAAUGUGGUUAAUAAACGUAUAACGGAUAUUGACUUUACUAGUGAAGCUACAUUCAUUAAAGAAAACAUUGUUAAGUUUUCUAAAUAUCUUGAACAAAUAGAUGAAGAUGUGAUUAAUUUGGAGAUUCAAGGAGUAUUUUCAGGAAAUAUUAAAGGAAAAUUCUUUAAUUUUGAUGCCAAUGAUAUUAAUGUUGUGGAGCCAUAUUCAUUUACCAGGAGUGAUUUAAUGCCUGAUAUUGAUAUAAAUGAAUUGGAAAUUGCAUCUACAAAGGAGAGUAUAACCCUAUCAGCCGAGGUGGUGGUAACUAAUCAAUUUUCAUUUGAAUUUUCUUUAGAUAGUAUCAAUUGGGAUUUAAUGAUUAAAAGUUGUGAAGGAGAAUUAAUUGAAGUUGGAGAUUGGAAGAGUUCUUCUUUUAUGGUUUCUCCUGAAGGACCAAUAGCUGUUCAUUUCAAUGGAAGCAUAGCAAAAAUCCCUGAUCCAUUACUUAAAGAUUGUAAAGAUGGAUUAAGUCCUAUCACUAGAAUGAUUCAAGAUUAUAUUGAUGAGAAACCAAUUACAGUAUAUGUUAGAGCGUCGAAACAUCAAGAUGAAGACUUACCUCAAUGGUUAAGUUAUAUAUUACAAAAUAGUGUUCAAGGUAUAAGUUUAGUAUUACCCAAGGAGAUUGUUGAAGUUGGUGGUAUUGAUAUUGAUAGUGUUGAACUUGAAGUUCCAGUUACUAAUAAAAAGUCUGACGAUGAAGAAGAAGAAUCAUUAAUUAUUCAUUUAAACACUAAUCUCACUGGGUUGGUUGAUGUUCCUGUUGAUUUUAAUUUCUCCAUACCUCAAUUUAAAAGUUCAUUUUCAAUUAAAGAUAAUUCAACUGAUAAGGAAAUCAUUAAGGGAAAUUCCAAUAAUUACAGUAAUUUAGUGGCUAAGAAAGUGAAAGAUUAUUUAGAUUUGAAUAUUUUACUUAAUAGUAUUGAAGUUGAAGUUUUAAAUCCUGCAUUAAUAGGACAAUUUGUCAAUUCAAUAUUACAAGGAGAUUUUGAAGAUUUUACCAAUUUAUAUGUUGAUUUAGAACUUGAAGAUUUAUUUGUUGAUUUACCACCUAUUCUAAAGUCUACUAUUUCAAGACUUAAAUUACGAAAAUUAAAACUUCCUCCCAAUCAUAAAUCAUUAAAAAAGAGACAACUUCCAUCUAUUGAUGAUAUCCUUCAUAAUUUGAAUGUUACUAUUGAUGGAAUUUAUUUUAUUGAUUCAUAUCCUGAAGAUCUUAAUCUUUUUAUUGAUUUCAGCCUUUUUAAUCCUACCAAUUUUUCCAUUGAUUUACCUCAAGAAACUAUUAGUAUUGGAGCUCAAUUUAAUGAAAGUAAAAUUGUUGAUGUGAUACUUCAUGAUUUAUUCAUUCCAAAGAAUGAACGAGUUAAUUUAACGGCUGAAUUACAAAUUCAUUCUGAAACUCUUACCGAUAAGAUUGUAUUAGAGAACUUUUUAAGUCAAUUUAUAUCUACGGUUGAAGGAUUAUCUAUUGAUUUAGUGGGUCAUAGUGCUAAGAAGAAUAAAGGAUUGAAUGAAUUACUUAAUCAGAUAUCGAUAUUAAAUGUUACUAUACCUGAAGUUGAUUUAGAUAAUAGUGGUGAAGAAGAGGAGGAAGAUGACAAUGAAGGUGGAGAAGAUGAAAAUGAACAAGGCAAGGGACAAGUUAAACUUAGCGGAGUUGCUAAAAAGAAUCCGUUUUUAAAAGAAGCUAUUAUUCAUAUUUUUUCAUCAGAAGUUGAAUUAACGUUAUUUAAUCCAAUAAUCAAUGCUGAAUUAAAUGUUGAAUUAUUUCAAGCGGAAGCUAAACAUGAAGAUAUUAUCUUAGGAUAUAUUCAACAUCAAGAGUUUAUGGUUGUUCCACCCGGAUUAUUUAAGACUCCCAAGAUUCCAAUUAUUAUUAAUCAAGGUCUUGGUACUGAUAUAUUACGAAAAGCAUUAAAUGGAGAAUUGGAUGUUGAAGUGAUUGCCUCUAUUGGAGUUAGAUUAGAUCAAUUUGAAGUUGAUUUACUUUAUAAAGGUCUGAAUAUGAAUACUGAAAUCAGAUUUUAA